UAAUUAAUAAUUUCUAAUCAUCUACUUCUGUAAAGCCUUAAUUGUUUCAAUAAUUAAGUAGGUGUUUUAAUAAUUAUGAUUAAGUGAAGAUUUCAUGAAACUAUUAUGAAACCGAAUCCACUGAAGAAAAUCUCAUCCGAAUAAGAAAAGGUCUCUCCCUACUUAAAACUUGCAAGAGCAUAACGCCAUAGAAAUUUUCGGAGACUCCGGACCUGAUCUCCAAACAAACCCUUCCGAGCCUCAAAGACACCAAAACUCAGAUUCGGCUCAAAAGCUGAGACUCCGAGCACCAGAAUCUUCAAACCAACGGUUGAUCAAUAAAAUCGCUUCUUCACGAGCUCAAUAAUGCUAAUGUAGGCUUUGAUUCAUCUGAAUUGUUCCCUUUAAGUUAAUUAAUUUGGUUUUGAGCUGAAACUAUGGCGCAGAGUAAUUGGGAAGCAGAUAAGAUGCUUGAUGUUUAUAUAUAUGAUUAUUUAGUAAAGAAAAAAUUGCAUGCCACUGCAAAGUCCUUCAUGACAGAAGGGAAAGUCGCCCCGGAUCCAGUAGCAAUUGAUGCUCCUGGUGGGUUUCUUUUCGAGUGGUGGUCUGUCUUUUGGGACAUAUUUAUAUCGAGAACAAAUGACAAGCAUUCAGAGGCUGCUGCAGCAUACAUAGAGUACGUACAGGUGCAACAAAUCAAAGCAAAGGAGCAACAACAGCUGCACAUGCAGCAGUUGCAGCUUUUGCAUCAAGCUCAGAUGCAGCGUAGGGAUCCUAAUCAUCCUUCUUUGGGUGGUCCUGUAAAUGCUAUUGGCUCCGAAGGAAUGCUUGGGCAGCCAAAUGCAAGUGCAUUGGCAGCAAAAAUGUAUGAAGAGCGCAUGAAACACCCCAAUGCAGUGAAUUCAGAGACGUCCCAACCACUUCUUGAUGCUAGAAUGGCCCUCUUAAAGUCAGCUACAAAUCAUCAUGGUCAGUUGGUUCAAGGAAACCAUGGAAGUGUAACUGCAGCAUUGCAGCAAAUUCAGGAUAUUAAAGGUGAAGUGAACUUGGUUGGUGCACAGAGAUCCAUGCCUUUGGAUCCUUCCUCAAUUUCUGGACAAGGAAUCAUGCAAUCGAAACCUGGAAUAGGAAAUACAGGUUUGAACGCUGGAGUCGGUAGCCUUCCGUUGAAGGGUUGGCCAUUAACUGGCAUUGAUCAAAUGCGGCCAAGUUUAGGUACACAAGUGCAAAAGCCACCCCUACAGAACGCAAACCAGUUUCAGCUUCUGCCACAGCAGCAACAACAGCAGCUCUUAGCACAAGGCCAGGCACAAGGAAAUCUGAGUAGCUCACCUAUGUACGGAGAUAUGGAACCCCAAAGAUUUUCAGGAUUAUCUCGAGGCACCUUAAAUACAAAAGAGGGCCAGCCAAUGGCUAAUGAUGGAUCUAUAGGGUCUCCAAUGCAAUCAACCUCAUCAAAACAGAUGAGCAUGCCACCAAUAAGACAAUCUUCCUCUCAACAAGACCCAUUGCAGUCACCGCAAGUGCAACAGAAUAACCGGAAAAGAAAAGGGCCACCAUCUUCUGGACCUGCUAAUAGCACUGGUACUGGAAAUGCAGUGGGCCCUUCCCCUAACUCUCAGCCAUCAACCCCAUCAACUCAUACACCUGGUGAUGGAGUGGCUAUGGUGGGCAAUAUGCAGUAUGGUAGUAACAUGUCAAAAAAUUUGAUGAUGUAUGGGUCUGAUGGAACAGUUGGUAUUGCAUCAUCAACUAAUCAACUGGAUGACAUGGAACAUUUUGGGGAUGUUGGUUCCUUGGAAGACAAUGUGGAAUCUUUUCUCUCACACGAUGAUGGAGAUGGAGGGAAUUUGUUUGGCACCCUAAAACAAAACCCAUCUGAACAUGCUACUGAGACUUCAAAGGGUUUUGGCUUCAAUGAAGUUGGGUCAAUACGUAAAAGCAAUGGCAAAGUCACCUGCUGUCAUUUCUCUACAGAUGGAAAGCUAUUGGCCAGUGCUGGGCAUGACAAGAAGGCUGUUCUUUGGAACAUGGAUACUCUGCAAACUGAGUGCACGCCAGAGGAACACACUCAUAUUAUAACUGAUAUUCGCUUCAGACCAAAUUCCACUCAGCUGGCAACAUCUUCUUUUGAUACAACAGUGCGAGUUUGGGAUGCUGCACAACCAAGUUAUUGCAUCUGGAAAUAUACAGGGCAUACGGCAAAAGUUAUGUCCCUUGAUUUCCACCCUAAGAAGAAUGAACUUUUCUGCUCUUGUGAUGGUAACAGUGAGAUUCACUUCUGCAACAUCAGUCAGUUUUCUUGCAUUCAUAUCUCCAAGGGAGGCAGCACUAAUGUGAGAUUUCAACCAAGAGUAGGACAAUUACUAGCUGCAGCAGCAGAUAAUGUUGUUUCUAUCUUUGAUGUAGAGACUGACAGAAGAACACACUUAUUGCAGGGGCACAAUACAGAGGUACACUCUGUUUGUUGGGACAAAAAUGGAGACAUUUUAGCAUCGGUCAGUCAAGAGUCUGUCAGAGUGUGGUCACUGGCCUCUGGAGAGUGCAUUCACGAGCUCAAUUCCAGUGGAAACAAGUUUCAUUCUUGUGUUUUUCAUCCUAGCUUCCCUACUCUCUUGGUUGUUGGUGGCUAUCAGUCAAUGGAGCUUUGGAACACGGCUGAGAAUAAGUGUUUGACGAUUGCAGCUCAUGAGUGCGUGAUAUCAGCCCUGGCAGAGUCACAUGUGACAGGGUUGGUUGCCUCUGCCAGUUACGACAAAUCUGUUAAAAUCUGGAAAUAAUCCUACCGGCUUUUACGUGGAUCCAACCGAUCUGCUGCUUUCUUUAAUUCUCAACAGCAGCAGAAGUUCAUGUGGGGGGAAAUGAAAUGCAAUAUCCCCUGCAUAUUUUUCAUUUGAUUUCCGAUGGUCAUCAUGGAGGCUUUCUGCCAUGUUGGUUUGUCGGAGAGUCAAAUUGGUUUCAAGUAAGUUAUUAUUAUUUUUUUCUGGGUUGUGGUUUGGCGGUUAUUCUGAUAUAAAAGAGAUUUGAUUCAGGUUUUGGACAUUUUGUAUAUACAUUUCUUCAGGCAGGAGAGUUGACUUACCAUCAAGAAAAUAAAUGAUCAAAAAGUGUGAGUUAAUUUGACAAAUAAAAUAAAGGACAAUAUUCUGUUAGAAGAGAUAAGAUGGUGGUUUCCAAUUGUGUGGCCCUUUUUUUUUUUUUUUUUUAAUUAAAGCAUUAACAAAUUGUGAAUUUUAGUUACAUCCCUUGCAUUCUGUUAUUUUUCCUUCUUAGUUUUGGCAAUUUGUACACUUCCC